AAUGUUGCUCUUUUGUUUCAGCCAAACCAUUUACUUCUAAAGUGAAACAGAUGCGUCUACAUAGAGAAGACUUUGAGAUAUUGAAGGUGAUUGGUCGAGGAGCUUUUGGAGAGGUUGCUGUAGUGAAACUAAAAAAUGCAGAUAAGGUAUUUGCCAUGAAAAUAUUGAAUAAAUGGGAAAUGCUGAAAAGAGCUGAGACAGCAUGUUUUCGUGAAGAAAGGGACGUGUUAGUGAAUGGAGAUAAUAAAUGGAUUACAACCCUGCAUUAUGCUUUCCAGGAUGACAAUAACUUAUACCUGGUGAUGGAUUAUUAUGUUGGUGGGGAUUUGCUGACUCUGCUCAGCAAAUUUGAAGAUAGACUGCCUGAAGAUAUGGCUCGGUUUUACCUGGCUGAGAUGGUGAUAGCGAUCGACUCCGUUCAUCAGCUGCACUACGUACACAGGGACAUCAAACCUGACAACAUAUUGAUGGACAUGAAUGGACAUAUUCGGUUAGCAGAUUUUGGUUCUUGUCUGAAGCUGAUGGAAGAUGGAACGGUCCAGUCUUCAGUGGCUGUUGGAACUCCAGAUUAUAUCUCUCCUGAAAUCCUUCAAGCCAUGGAAGACGGGAAAGGCAGAUAUGGACCUGAGUGUGACUGGUGGUCUUUGGGCGUCUGUAUGUACGAAAUGCUUUAUGGAGAAACACCAUUUUAUGCAGAAUCUCUGGUGGAGACAUAUGGAAAAAUUAUGAAUCAUAAAGAGAGGUUUCAGUUUCCAGCUCAAGUGACCGACGUGUCUGAAAAUGCUAAGGAUCUUAUUCGAAGGCUCAUUUGCAGCAGAGAACACCGACUGGGUCAGAGCGGCAUAGAAGACUUUAAGAAACACCCCUUUUUCCAUGGAAUCGAUUGGGAUAAUAUUCGAAACUGUGAAGCACCUUAUAUUCCAGAAGUUAGUAGCCCCACAGAUACAUCCAAUUUUGAUGUGGAUGAUGAUUGUUUAAAGAACUCUGAAACGAUGCCCCCCCCCACGCAUACCGCCUUUUCUGGCCACCACCUGCCGUUUGUUGGUUUCACAUACACUAGUAGCUGUGUUCUUUCUGAUCGGAGCUGUUUACGAGUGACAGCCGGGCCCGCUUCCCUCGACCUGGAUGUCAACGUUCAGAGGACUCUGGACAACAACUUGGCCACGGAAGCUUAUGAGAGAAGAAUUAAGCGCCUUGAGCAGGAAAAACUUGAACUUAGCAGAAAGCUUCAAGAGUCAACACAGACUGUUCAAGCGCUGCAGUAUUCAACUGCUGACGGUCCACUCACGGCAAGCAAAGAUUUAGAGAUCAAAACCUUAAAAGAAGAAAUUGAAAAACUAAGGAAACAAGUAAGAGAAUCGAGUCACUUGGAACAGCAACUUGAGGAAGCCAACGCUGUGAGGAGAGAGCUAGAUGAUGCUUUUAGGCAAAUCAAGGCUUAUGAAAAACAAAUCAAAACACUACAACAAGAAAGGGAAGAAUUAAACAAGGAACUAGUCCAGGCUAGUGAGCGAUUAAAAAACCAGUCCAAAGAGCUGAAAGACGCACACUGUCAGAGGAAACUGGCCAUGCAGGAAUUCAUGGAGAUCAAUGAGCGGCUAACAGAGUUGCACACCCAAAAACAGAAACUUGCUCGCCAUGUCCGAGAUAAGGAAGAAGAGGUGGACCUAGUGAUGCAAAAAGUUGAAAGCUUAAGGCAAGAACUGCGCAGGACAGAGAGAGCCAAGAAAGAGCUGGAAGUUCAUUCAGAAGCUGUGGCUGCUGAAGCAUCUAAAGACAGGAAAUUGCGUGAACAGAGCGAGCACUAUUCUAAGCAACUGGAAAAUGAAUUGGAGGGACUAAAGCAAAAACAAAUUAGUUACUCACCAGGACUGUGCAGCAUAGAACAUCAGCAAGAGAUCACCAAACUAAAGACUGAUUUAGAAAAGAAAAGUAUCUUUUAUGAAGAAGAAUUGUCUAAAAGAGAAGGAAUACACGCCAAUGAAAUUAAAAACCUGAAGAAAGAACUUCAUGAUUCAGAAGGCCAGCAACUUGCUCUCAACAAGGAAAUUUUGAUUUUGAAAGACAAAUUGGAAAAAAACAGGAGAGAGAGUCAAAGUGAAAGGGAAGAAUUUGAAAACGAGUUCAAACAACAGUACGAAAGAGAAAAAGUGUUGUUAACUGAAGAAAAUAAGAAACUGACAAGUGAACUUGAUAAGCUCACCACCUUGUAUGAGAACUUAAGUAUACGCAACCAGCAGUUAGAAGAGGAGGUGAAAGACCUGGCAGACAAGAAAGAAUCGGUUGCGCAUUGGGAAGCUCAAAUCACGGAAAUCAUUCAGUGGGUCAGUGAUGAAAAGGACGCACGAGGGUAUCUGCAGGCCUUAGCUUCUAAAAUGACUGAAGAGUUGGAAGCUUUAAGAAAUUCCAGCCUGGGUGCACGAGCAACAGAUAUGCCCUGGAAAAUGCGUCGUUUUGCAAAACUGGACAUGUCAGCUAGACUGGAGUUGCAGUCGGCCCUCGAUGCAGAAAUAAGAGCUAAACAGGCCAUCCAAGAAGAGUUGAAUAAAGUUAAAGCAUCUAACAUCAUCACAGAAUGUAAACUGAAAGACUCCGAGAAGAAGAACUUGGAGCUACUAUCAGAAAUCGAGCAGCUAAUAAAGGACACUGAAGAGCUUAGAUCUGAAAAGGGUAUAGAGCACCGAGACUCACAGCAUUCUUUCUUGGCAUUUUUGAAUACGCCUACCGAUGGUCUGGAUCAACUUGAAGAUUCCUUUUCUUCUUCCUCAUCUUCACUGAUUGAUUUUUUGGAUGACCGCUCUCCGUCCUGCACUCCAGCUAGCAAAGGCAGACGUACUGUAGACAGUACUCCUCUUCCUGUUCACACACCGACCUUAAGGAAAAAGGGAUGUCCUGCUUCAACUGGCUUUCCAGCUAAGCGCAAGACUCAUCAGUUUUUUGUCAAAUCUUUUACGACUCCAACCAGAUGUCACCAGUGCACCUCUCUGAUGGUGGGUCUGAUAAGACAGGGCUGUUCCUGUGAAGUGUGUGGAUUCUCGUGUCAUAUAACGUGUGUAAACAAAGCUCCAACUGUGUGUCCGGUCCCUCCUGAGCAGACAAAAGGUCCUCUGGGGAUAGAUCCACAGAAGGGAAUAGGAACAGCAUAUGAAGGUCAUGUCAGGAUCCCUAAGCCAGCAGGAGUGAAGAAAGGAUGGCAAAGAGCAUUGGCUGUGGUUUGUGACUUUAAGCUCUUCCUGUACGAUGUUGCUGAAGGAAAAGCGUCCCAGCCCAGUGUUGUUGUCAGUCAGGUGAUUGACAUGAGGGAUGAGGAAUUUUCUGUGAGUUCAGUCUUGGCCUCUGAUGUAAUUCAUGCAAGUCGGAAAGAUAUACCCUGUAUAUUUAGAGUCACAGCCUCCCAGCUCUCGGCGUCAGACAGCAGGUGUUCGGUCCUGAUGCUCGCGGAGAGCGAGAGCGAGAGGAACAGGUGGGUGGGCGUGCUCAGCGAGCUGCACAAGAUUUUGAAGAAAAACAAGUUCCGAGACCGCUCAGUCUACGUCCCCAAGGAGGCUUAUGACAGCACUCUGCCGCUCAUUAAAACCACCCAGGCGGCUGCGAUCAUAGACCAUGAAAGGAUCGCGCUGGGAAAUGAAGAAGGGUUAUUUGUCGUGCACAUCACGAAAGAUGAAAUUAUCAGAGUCGGUGACAAUAAGAAGAUCCAUCAGAUUGAACUCAUUCCAAAUGAUCAGCUUGUUGCUGUGAUCUCAGGACGAAAUCGUCACGUGCGCCUUUUUCCCAUGUCAGCUUUGGACGGACGAGAGACCGAUUUUUACAAGCUGGCAGAGACGAAAGGGUGUCAGACCAUAACUUCUGGCAAGGUGUGCCAUGGAGCUCUCACGUGCCUGUGCGUGGCUAUGAAAAGGCAGGUCCUCUGUUACGAACUAUUUCAGAGCAAGACCCGUCACCGAAAAUUUAAGGAAAUCCAAGUCCCGUGUAACGUGCAGUGGAUGGCCGUCUUCAGCGAACAGCUGUGCGUGGGAUUCCAGUCGGGAUUCCUGAGAUACCCCUUGAAUGGAGAAGGGGGUCCGUACAGCAUGCUCCACUCAAACGACCACACGCUGUCCUUUAUCACACAUCAGCCGAUGGACGCCAUCUGUGCAGUUGAGAUCUCCAGUAAGGAGUACCUGCUGUGUUUUAACAGCAUCGGGAUAUACACAGACUGCCAGGGCCGGAGAUCCAGACAGCAGGAGCUCAUGUGGCCAGCAAAUCCCUCCUCUUGCUGCUACAAUGCACCGUAUCUCUCCGUGUACAGUGAAAACGCAGUUGACAUCUUCGAUGUGAACUCCAUGGAAUGGAUUCAGACUCUCCCACUCAAAAAGGUUCGACCCUUAAACAGUGAAGGAUCAUUAAACCUUUUAGGGUUGGAGACAAUUAGAUUAAUAUAUUUCAAAAAUAAGAUGGCAGAAGGGGAUGAGCUGGUGGUUCCCGAAACAUCAGAUAACAGUCGGAAGCAGAUGGUUAGAAAUAUUAACAAUAAGCGACGCUACUCCUUCCGGGUCCCAGAGGACGAGAGGUUGCAGCAGAGGAGAGAGAUGCUGCGAGAUCCAGAAAUGAGAAAUAAAUUAAUUUCUAACCCAACUAAUUUUAACCACAUAGCACACAUGGGCCCAGGAGAUGGGAUACAGAUCCUAAAAGACCUGCCCAUGCCAGGCCUCCCUUAUCCGCCCUCGCUUCACUCCGGCCUCAUCUCCUCUCCGAUCAACUUUGAGCACAUCUAUCACAUGACUGUUAAUUCCGCUGAAAAAUUUCUCUCUCCUGAUUCCAUAAACCCUGAGUAUUCCCCGUCUCUACGCUCUGCCCCCGGUACACCCAGCUUUAUGACUCUGAGGAACCCUCGGCCUCAGGAGAGUCGGACCGUGUUCAGUGGCUCGGUCAGUAUUCCGUCUAUCACCAAAUCCCGCCCUGAACCCGGUCGCUCCAUGAGCGCCAGCAGCGGCCUGUCAGCAAGGUCAUCCGCACAGAACGGCAGUGCGCUAAAGAGAGAAUUCUCUGGAGGGAGCUACAAUGCCAAGUGGCCGCCCAUGCCCUCCCCGUCGGAGGGCUCCCUGUCUUCUGGAGGCAUGGACCAGGGAAGCGACGCCCCGGUCAGGGACUUUGAUGGAGAGGACUCGGAUUCUCCGAGGCAUUCCACGGCCUCCAACAGCUCCAACCUGAGCAGCCCGCCCAGCCCCGCGUCGCCCCGCAAGACCAAGAGCCUCUCCCUGGAGAGCACGGACCGCGGGAGCUGGGACCCGUGAGUGGCCUCGGCGCUCAGAGUGGACGCCGGAGCGGCCUCUCCCCUCACAGCCCCUCCGCGGCCCGAUCUCCGCUUCCCCGCCCCCGCUCCCCAGCCCCUGCCCGGGAGGCCCGGGCCGGGCAGCAGGAGCAGGGUGGGGGUUCUGGAACGCGGACGAUGCACCUGCAGCCCCCCUCGCCCCCCUCGCCCCCACUCAGCCCACACCUCCACGCCCCCUCGCCCCCUCGCGCCGACAGCAACAACCAUAAAGGCAGACUUCCACUGAGCAGCUUCGAUGAAUAUCGAUUCCAUUUCGUACACUUAGAGUUGCUUUCCCUAAAAGUUUGGCCCCCCCCACAAAGGUAGCUUGAGUAGACGGAUCCCACGGACGGCGCGGUGAGAACUUCAGACGGACUGGUGUCCUCGGGGAGUCGCACCCUCCUGAGCGGCCGCCCGGCGCGCCCACAGCGGAUGUCGACCCGAUCGCCGCUAGUAAAUCCGUACUCACUAAAGCAGUGCAUAUUUUACUACAUUACAGAGUUUAAAUACGUACACAAAUGUAGAGGUUAAAUACUGAAUGUACAUAGUAAAAAGAAGCAUCUUGUAUUCAACAAAAGAUGGAUACGUAUAUAAGAGAGAGAUCAUUUAAUUUAAAGAAAUGUGUUGUUUCUUGUCUGUUUUCCAGCUCAGUACUUUAGAGGGUAGGAAGGCCUUGGGUGUAGACGCUCACAGGCUUGAGGAGUCAGAGCACCCCCCUCCCAACCCCGGCCGGCUCUCACACCAGCCGGGGCCGCAGUCCCACGGGGGCUUCAGGAAAACCUUCCGGAACUUGGUCUCGCCGCUCUGGGCUGCGGCCCGGGCACAGGCCUGACCCCGGAAGGUCCUUCAGCAGCAGCGUCGAAAGGCUAAUCUCCUUCCAAGAGCUGUCCUUUUCCGGCAGCAGGAUUCCAGCCACGCUUGUCCUUUUUUACUGUGUUUGGUAUCUUCUGCAGAUGAGUGUAGAAAUGCCGUCUUGUCACGUCCUGAGCCCUUCCGUUGAGAGGACGCGAGGAACGUCACGGCUUCUGAGGGUCCCUAACAAGGUUCAGAGAAGUGCUUUUCUCCUGGGCUACCCCAGUUCCCGCGCUACCCCCUGGGCGGAGGGGGGCUCGCGCUCCGCAGAGAAGCCCCAGGAAGAGUGUCGUUACCAAAUAAAAAACCUCAGAUGCAAGGACUUGAACAGCCUUAACCAAAUAUUCUUCCCCACACCGGGCGGGAGACGGAAACGCGCGGCCCGGGCGCGGGCAGGACGCCGGGGAGCCGCCACCUGGCCCGGCCCACGUCCCUCCCUGCGCGGCUCAGGCUCCGGUUCCGCCCAGGUGAGCACCGUUCCGGCCACCGCGAGCCAGUGAAACGCACACCCAGCACAGCCCUGCUUCUUGAGACGUAGUUCGCCAGUUAAGCACAUGUGAGCGGAGGGAGAGAGAAAUAAAAAUAUCUCCUGGAAGUAGAG